GCCCCAACGAUUUGAAAUAAUAAUUUAGGUAGAUCUUUGGCAUUCAGCUGCACAAAAACAUACAAUUUUUUUUUAAAUUCCAGAUAGCACAAGGAGAAUUCAAAAUUAUCUGUAGUUUUGGACCACGUGCACAUUCUCCCAGAAGAUGGAGAGGUCGCAUGGUGCUCAACCCGCACUCCAAGAUGGAAUCAUCUUUCCAGCUUUACAAUUUGGUACCUUGGCAGGUGUUGCUGGACUAGGAGUUGGCGGGAUUGCUGGCUUAGUUCGCUCACAGACUCCCACGCUUUUUGCAUUCGCAUCCAGCACGCAAUGGUUUACUUUGGGGACUGCCUAUUGGGGUGUACGGGGAAUUAUAUUACACAUGCGUGGAGCCCAGUCUGUCAGUCCUCGGGAACGGAUCUAUGCGAGUGGAAUUGCUGGCGGUCUCGCAGGGGCAGGAGUCGCUCUUAUCACUAGGGGGCGAUCUAACGUGAUACCUGGGGCCAUUAUGUGCUCUUUGCUGGGCUCAACGGGUCAGGGGCUUUAUAAUGUCAUGGAUGCACAGCAUGCUCAAAGCUAUGGUGAAAAUGAAAGGCACGCCAGCAGCCCCUUCUGGCAGCGACUCGCUCAGGCCAAGUGGAGCCCCGUCCGAGUUUUAUCCGACAAGGAAUACGAGAAAAUGCUUAGAGAGCGGUUGCUCCGCGUUGAAGCAGAGAUUGCUAUAAUUGACGAAGAAAUCAAGAGGAACACUAAAGACUAACAGAAAAUGAAAAUCAUCAAUCAAAAUCAUGACUGAGUUAGGAAUCUUAGACGACCAC